GUGUAAACACGGAAGAGAAAUACUUUGGAAGUGGUGGGCGAUCUUGCUCAACUGAGAGAUGGAGGACCCUGAAAGGGUGAUUGCCACAGAGCAUUACGGCUCUCAGGAGUCAUGGAAAUACCUGUUGAAGGAUGGGAGGAUGAAGAGACAGAAAGAUGCAGAGGACAGCAGACUGGCGGGAAAUUCAAUCUCUGGCGUGUUCAAAAGUGUUUUCCUGCCACAAGGAUAUCCCGAAAGUGUCAGUGGGGAUUACCUACAAUAUCAGAUAUGGGACACUCUGCAGGCAUUUUCCAGCUCUCUCUCUGGCACACUCGCUACUCAGGCUUCACUGAGGGGUGCUGGAGUUGGAAAUCAAGAAGCAACAGUUGCAGCGGCUACAAUAACGUGGAUACUUAGGGAUGGAACAGGGAUGUUGGGAAGAAUACUUUUUGCCUGGCUCAAAGGGAGCAAGUUAGAUUCUGAAGCAAAAAAGUGGAGGCUCUUUGCUGACAUUCUAAAUGACAUUGCUAUGUUCAUGGAGAUCGCAGCCCCCCAUUUCCCUCCUUUCUUCACCCUAAUUGUCUGUUUUGCUGGAAUUUUUAAGUCAAUUGUAGGAGUUGCUGGUGGGGCAACAAGAGCUGCACUGACUGUCCACCAAGCUUGCAGAAACAACAUGGCUGAUAUCUCUGCCAAAGAUGGGAGCCAGGAAACCCUGGUGAACCUGGCUGGGCUGCUGGUCAGCCUGGCUCUCAUCCCACUUGUAACAGAUAACCCUCUGUUGACAUUCAUCCUCUUCUUCUUUUUCACGGUUCUUCACCUGUUUGCCAAUUACAAAGCUGUCCGGUCUGUUGUUAUGGAAACCGUCAAUGAGGCUCGUUUGUCCAUAGUUCUCCAUCAGUACUUGCUUCAUGGACAACUGCUCACUCCAGUGGAGGCAAAUAAGAAGGAGCCUGUGUUCUUGUCAUUUCGAAGGACAGUUCCCAUCAAGUUGGGUGUGAGGCUCGGAGACAUUGUGAAAGAGCCAGGAGAACUGGAGCUGGCGUUGAAGAACAACAGCAAACCAUACCUCAUAGGAAUCAAAAAUGGUACUGUCUGUGUAUGUCUGGGAAGUGACGCAUCUGUGCAUGAUGAAAUAAUGGCAGCAUGUCAAGCCUUGUGCCUCAGUACUGUUCUACACAAUGGUUUCUCUCUGGAUGGUGCCCUCAAACAGCUCUCAAUCACCAGAGACCCAUGGGAAUUAGUGUCACAAAGUCACAAGAUGAUUGAUGAAAUUUUCCAGACAUUUCUAAAAGAACUGAAUAAAGCUAAGUGGCAGACAGACCGGACACUAUUGGAUUGGAAUGAAUGGCGUGUGGAAUGGAGUAAAAAGAGAAGCUGAAGCUGGCUGUUGUGAAAAGGAAUGGAAAAUUGCCUCUUUUUUUUUUUUUUUUUUUUAUAUUUCAUUUUGACAUAUCUGUUUUAAAUGUUUAAAUAACUUGGCAGAGCUUACCAGAAGAGCUAAAAAAUGUACAGGUUUAAAUAA